AAACUAGCCGUUGCACCUGUCCCAACCUUCCGGCACAGAAAUAAGCCUCACACUUCUCCCUUUUUCCGUUCACAAAUAUCUCACUCUUUCCUCCCACGCUCUCCUCUAUCUCCAUUUUACCCUACACAAAACAAACUCCCUCUCUCUCUCUCUCUCUCUCUCGUCGCUGUGACUGCGAUUCGCAAAGAGAAAUGGCUUCAAAAACUGCAACCAAGGAUGUCAUCACCCUCAAAGGAUCGGCAGCAAUCGUCAGCGAGUUCUUUGGUUACGCAGCAAACAGCAUUUUGUAUAAUCGAGGGGUUUACCCUGAAGAAUGCUUCGUCAAGGUGAAGAAAUAUGGACUACCCAUGUUGUUGAUUGAAGACGAUGCAGUCAAGGCCUUUCUUGCCUGUCUUACUUCCCAAAUAUCUGAAUGGCUGGAAUCAGGGAAGCUACAAAGAGUGGUUCUGGUUAUUAUGAGCAAAGCUUCUUCAGAAGUGUUGGAGAGAUGGAAUUUCAACAUAGAGACUGAUAACGAAGUGGUUGAGAAAGGGGUUUCGAGGGCCAAAAGUGACAAGGAAAUCAUGAGAGAAAUCCAGGCCAUCAUGCGUCAGAUUGCUUCAAGCAUCACCUAUCUGCCCUGUUUGGAUGAGCCCUGUAAGGGGAAAGAAAAUGCCUCUCUCUCUCUCUCUCUCUCUCUCUCUCUAUUUAUGUGUUGUCCCUUUGUUUCAGGCGUAUUUGAUGUGCUAGCAUAUACUGAUACGGAUUUGGAGAUUCCUGUUACAUGGAUGGAAAGUGAUGCAAAACUCAUUCUCAAUCCGCAGAUGGUCAAAUUGCAUUCUUUUGAUACUAAGAUACACAAGGUUGACACUUUGGUUUCAUACAAGAACGAUGAAUGGGAUGAGCAAUAGUCAAGUUCCAAGUGGUUUCUUGUGGUGACACUCUGGUGACACUCUGUUUUCUUCUUCUCAGGAAUCAAUGGAUUAUGAAUGAGGUGAUCUAAUUAGUUUUACAGGCCAUGAACAACAACCUUUGCUAAGGUUGUUUACUGUUGUUUGUUGAUUUCAAUGGACAUUGUUGUACACUUCCAAGUAUAUUUCUGCUAUGUUUAACUCUGCUGUAACUCUCUCUCUCUUGUUCUCUCUCAUACAUGGUGUAGCGUUUUAUAUUGGCGGGCUGCAUCCAAUUUUGUUGGACGGUGCAGAUUGCACCAUGUCUUCACUUGAGGAUGCAAUUUCCAUUGUCCAACAAAAGUUCAAUUUGAGUUAAAGAAGGCUCUGAAA